UUUUCUUCCCAAUGGAUCAAGGGUUUAUAUAAAGGAGGUAGACUAGAGGUUCUAAAAAUCAAAACAUCGGCAAAAAUAAAAAAAAAGCCAGAAAAAAAGAAGAAAACAUAACUGCAGCGGCAGAAGAAAGAAUAAGAAGAAGAAAACCGAGUUAGGUUUCGAAAUGUCUCUGAGUACUAAACCUCAUUUCCAAGCAGAGGAAGAUGAAAUAACAAAACGGGGAGAUAGUUACAUCCUCAACCCACGGGGACUUAGCAUUGUAUGGGGCAAUGUUGAACACCACUGGAAAUUACCUAAGAAGCUAUCCAAAGGUGACUCUAAUGACCCUGCGGAGCUGAAACAGGUUUCUUGGCUAGAAGUAACCGGCUCAGUUAGUUUAAUACCUACGAAGACGUACCAAAUCAGCUUUGACGUAGAACUGACACCUUGUGCAUUUGGUUGGAGAGACAUACAAGCUUUCUUGAUGGCCAAGGUAGGGAAAAGGGGCAAGUACAAAUGGACCAAAGUUAAAGUAGUGCAGGAUCCAAAUGUAGGCAGAUUCACAAUUCCUGACAAAACCAGCCCGCCAUUGAGAAUUGAAGUUCUGCCCGCUAGUGUCGAUAACAUGCUUCACUUUGGUCUGUAUGAAAUCUGGAGUGGAAAAUGGAAGGGGGGCUUGAAAAUUCAUCAAGCAAAUGUGACAGAAGUAACUUCGACCUUAGCUUAAAUUAGUCCGCAGUUCCCAUGGUAUAUUCUAUAUAUACAAUACACGUAUGUAGUGAAAUAUUUUCUUCGUUGGGUUUUAUAUAUGUGACUAUUUAAUAAUGAUAACUUACCUCAUAUACGGUUAUUUGAGAUCAUAUACUAGCUAGUAUGAAGUAUUUGCUACUGUAGCAUGUAUUUGUAUCUCAGUCACAUGAAUAAAUUAUUUCUUAUAUAUUCA